UGAAUGAUGUCGACCACAUUAUUACAUCUUGUCCCCUUAAAUCACAUUCAACCGAAAGGGCUCAAGCUGGAACGACUUGAUGCUGACAAACGGACUUUGCUCCAGCCUGCUCCCUUUCUUGUGCUCUCCCUUCCAUCGUUGCGCCGCAGCCGGCAGUCCUUCACAAGUCUUCGUCCACCGCGGUGACCGUUCUACCUUCCUUGCGCGCCGUUAUUGGUUCCUGGAGCGUGUGAAGACUUCGAUCGCUCAACGCAUUAGAGCGCGACAUCCAACAACCUAUCAUACGCAUCGCAGACGCAUCAAUCAUGUCUUCGCGAUCCAAUCGCUCCGGCUUCUCGACCGGAAGCAAGCAAUUCAGCUCGAGCAACGCAGGUCUGCCUUCUUACUCCUCGCAGUCACAGCAGGCUAGCCAGGCGCAGAGCAAGCCUCGUCUCGGGCCCAAUCGUUCGACCAAAGCGACGGGCAAGCUGAAGAUUCUGCCGAGCGAACCAGCAGCUCAAGAGACCGCUCGACCUCGAUCCCGUCAAAGCAAUGGCGCGGCAGGUGGACAGAAUGGAGAUUCUUCAUCUGAAGAGGAGGGCGAGGAGGAUGAAGAAGAGGCGGAUGAGAGGGUACACAAAUCCCUGGCGCAGAUCCCAGAGGGCAGCAUGAGGCGAGAUGCUAGAAGGUUGACGAGGAGAGCCCGCGCUAGCUUGCCGCGCGUCACCGCUUACAGCACUGCUACAUCGUAUCGCAUGCGAGAUUUGUCCCGCUGGCUAGCAGCUCGCCAGACUUCUCAUCGAACAAACCCAAUGACUUUCGACGAGUGUGUUUAUACAACCUACACCUACGACGAUCUCGACAACUCACGCGGUAUCUCGUCGCAUCCUCACGGCGUGCGAGAUGGAUAUGGGAGCACGACGACAAAUAGUGGGGCACACGCGGCACCCAAGUCUCCUGCGAAAGCGUUCGGCAGGACGGGCGAUCUGCUCGGCAUACCUGAAUUGGCUGAUGAAACCGAAGACAAUCAACAGGGAGAGAGGAAUACUACACCGUACGGAGAUGGAACGCAGAGCAAUCAGACCUCUGGCACGUUGAUAGACUCCCAGGGAGCGGACAAGGACGAUGAAGUUCAAGAAGAGGAGCGGGAGAGAAAACGUUUCGAAAGGCGACGCAGACGCCAGGAGAGAUUUACGGUCAAGGGGAUGCUACCGGAGGUCUUCUUCAUGGAGUACGGAACUGUCGUCAUCUGGGGCAUGACGCACGCGCAAGAGAAGCGUCUGCUGCGCGAGAUUCGUCGCUUCGAGGUGGAACGAUUGGCGACAGAAGAUGUAGAGUCUGAAGAUCUCAAUUGGUACCUUGCGGACUACAGUCGGAUCUACAACGAUGUGAUUACGCUUCGUCGCGGAUCGAGCUACAUGACCAAGCUUUCCUUGUCGCAUGCUCUCGCACAGAGCACCAAGAUUAGCUUCUUCGAAGGUGUCAUCGAGAACACCAUCGACACCACAAAGGACAUCCCGCAAAGCAUCGCAGACAGCGGCAAGAUCGGCAUGCCACCUGGGGAGAUCAUGAAGCAGAUCGGUCACCUCUUCAUCUUGCGCAUGAACAUUCACUUGGUCGGAUCUAUCGUCGACUCUCCUGAAAUCUUCUGGGCUCAGCCUGAUCUGGAACCUCUGUAUUCUGCCGCUCGAAGUUACUUGGAGAUUCCACAGCGCAUAGAUCUUCUCAAUGCUCGCGUGGAGGUCCUCCAAGAUAUGCUGCAGCUACUCAAAGAUCAGGUCACCAGCUCUCAUUCCGAAUGGCUGGAAAUCGUGGUCAUCAUCCUCAUCGUGCUCGAGAUCAUACUCGGCAUCGCGACCAUGUUCGUCGAUCUUUAUUGGAGCUAAGGCAAACCAUGCUUUAUACGUUUUCGCAACAAAUAUCCAAACCAGACGCCGCCAUUACUUUGACCUCGCAAGAGCGAAAGCGUUGUCGUUCCUUUGCGCACACAUUGUCCACGUUUGCAAUGCCGUAUUCUGCGGGAUCGUUCAUCACCCCUGCUAGUCCGAACUGGCGGAGGAACACGUUUUACAGACUGUCCCAUCACGUUGAACAGAUUGUCCCUUCGCAUUCA